GGGUGGAAAGCGGAAGCGCGCUCUUUCAAACUCGCCGUCCCAUCGUCGAUAGACGCAGGCCACUUCCGGCGUAGCCAUGGCGGCUAACGCUACCACUAACCCGUCGCAGCUGCUCCCUCUAGAACUUGUGGACAAGUGUAUAGGAUCAAGAAUUCACAUUGUGAUGAAGAGUGAUAAGGAGAUUGUUGGCACACUUCUGGGAUUUGAUGACUUUGUCAAUAUGGUGCUGGAAGAUGUCACUGAAUUUGAAAUCACACCAGAAGGAAGAAGAAUUACUAAAUUAGAUCAAAUUUUGCUAAAUGGAAAUAAUAUAACAAUGCUAGUUCCUGGAGGAGAAGGACCCGAAGUAUGAAUGGAUUUCCUUGACUUACACUAGAUUCUGUUUUGUUUUAUAAUGACAGCAAAAUAGAAUUUUUUUUUAACCUUUUAAUGUUUGGAUUCUGUGAAGCCAAGCUUCCCGUUAAAGGGAAAUGCUUUGAAGAUGCAUUGUAAAUGCCCAUUUUUGUAAGUUAGUCAUGAUUAUCUUGGGAAAAGAACAGUUUGUUCUUUGAAGACAAAAAUAAAGGUGUUUUUGGUUUACUAUCA